AUGAUGAUUGCCCGAGGUAAGAAGACUGGUGCCCUAUAUAUGACAGCAGGUGCACGCUAUUUGAUCUCAGUUAUAGCAUACAAUGAGACUUCAAAUUUAUGGCACCGGAGACUUGGUCAUAUGAGUGAGAAGGGGAUGAAGAUCAUGCACACAAAAGAAAAACUCCCAGGUCUAAAAUCAGUGGAGAUAGACAUGUGUGAAGAUUCUAUACUUGGAAAGCAUAAGAGAGUUAGCUUUCAGAAAAAUAGCAGAACCCCAAAGAAGGAGAAGCUAGAGCUUGUUCACUCGGAUGUUUAG